AUGUGAGACGAAAACGGGUGAAAGGUGUUUCAGUCAGUCGUAGGGUGAUUCGUAAUUCGUGUGAGUAUCUACGUUGAAGAUGAGCCUGAACAAAUUGAUUGUUUUGUCAAGAUCUGUAAGGCGUGGGAGGAAUUUAUUCGCUGCUCGAGUCGCGCAAACAGAAGAAUGUCCUCAUCAGUUCCAGUCGCAGCGCUUCAUUAGGUCCAGCUCGAGGAGUUUGGCUUAUGCAAAAGAUCUGUUUCUGGGCAAAGUUAACAAGAAAGAAGUAUUUCCCUACCCAGAAAUCAGCAAUGAGGAAUUAGAAGAGUUAAACCAGUUUGUUCAGCCGGUGGAAAAGUUUUUCAAUGAAAAUGUUGACUCAGCGAAGAUUGACCGGGAGGCCAAUAUUCCCCCUGAGACUUUGGAUGGACUAAAAGAACUGGGUCUGUUUGGGAUCCAGAUACCUGAAGAAUAUGGCGGCCUGGGACUCUCAAACACCAUGUAUGCCAGGUUAGGAGAGAUCACGUCUUUAGAUGGGUCUAUUGCGGUCACACUUGCAGCACAUCAGGCCAUCGGCCUGAAGGGUAUAUUGAUAGCUGGAACUGAUGCUCAGAAAGCAAAAUAUCUGCCCAAGCUAGCAACAGGAGAACAUAUAGCAGCUUUCUGCCUCACUGAACCUGGAAGUGGCAGUGAUGCUGCAUCUAUACAGCUGAGAGCCACGCUAACAGAAGAUGGGAAGCACUACCUGCUCAAUGGCACAAAGUUUUGGAUCUCCAAUGGUGGAUGGGCAGACAUCAUGACUGUGUUUGCCAGAACUGAAGUUGUUGACAAAGAUGGCCAAAAGAAAGAUAAGAUCACCGCUUUCAUUGUGGAAAGAGCAUUCGGUGGAGUCACCAGUGGAAAACCUGAAGACAAACUGGGCAUCAGAGGAUCAAACACAAGCGAGAUCACAUUUGAAGACACAAAAGUGCCUAUCGAGAAUGUCAUUGGUGAAGUUGGUGAUGGUUUUAAGGUCGCCAUGAACAUACUGAAUAAUGGGCGCUUCAGCAUGGGUGGUGCAGGUGCAGGGGUGGUCAAAAAACUCAUUGAGCUGUCAGCAGAAUAUGCAGGCACAAGAAAACAAUUCAACAGAAGGCUUUCAGAGUUUGGAAUGAUUCAGGACAAGUUUGCCACCAUGGCCCUGAAUGUGUAUGUGAUGGAGAGCAUGGCGUACCUCACUGCUGGAAUGAUGGACCGUCCUGGACUCCCAGACUGCUCUCUGGAGGCGGCGAUGGUGAAGGUCUUCAGCUCUGAGGGCACCUGGAUCUGUGUGAGUGAAGCUCUGCAGGUUUUGGGAGGUCUGGGUUUCACCAAGAACUACCCCUACGAGCGCUACCUCAGGGACUGCCGCAUCCUCCAGAUAUUUGAGGGCACUAAUGAGAUUUUGAGGAUGUAUGUCGCACUUACAGGAAUGCAGUAUGCUGGUAAAAUAUUAACUGGAAAAAUAAAGGAGAUGAAGAAAGGAAAUUUAGGGGUGGUGUUUGAGAUUCUGGGGAAGAAAAUCAGGGACACGGUGCAGACGGCAGAUUUUGGACUCACCGGCAAAGAUGGUGUUGUUCAUCCCAGUCUACAGGAGAGCGCCAAAAUGUUUGAGCAGAACGCUGCAUGUUUUGGAUCCACUGUUGAAGGUUUGCUGUACCGAUAUGGAAAGACAAUUGUCGAUGAGCAGCUUCUGUUGAAGAAAGUUGCAGAUGUGUUAAUUAACCUCUACGCCAUGACAGCUGUCCUGUCCCGCUCCUCUCGCUCCAUCUCCAUCGGCCUGCGCAACCAUGACCAUGAGGUGCUGCUCACCAACACUUUCUGCAAGGAUGCUCAUUUCAAGAACAACUACAUGUUGAGUCAGCUUCAAAGAUAUUCCCCAGAGAACGAUGAUGCCAACAUAAAGAAGAUCGCCCAGGACGUCUUAGCCAAGAGGGCAUAUGUCUGCUCACAUCCCCUGGAAAGAACCUUCUGACGCAACCUUGUGUCUUAGUUUUAACCCAACAGAAGUGCUUUACCUAUUAAAUAUACUUAUGUUUCUCACAAUUUGCAGUAUUAAUUUAGCCUCAUUCUGCAAUUAAGUAGUACUUUUAUAUCAGUAUGUCCCAAUUUAGAGGCUUAUGGACACAGUGCAUCACAGCAGCACAUUGAAGGCUGUCCCAUUUGGAAACAUAUCUUCAAAAUGUGUCUUGUUUCCAGAUGACAUUUUUUGUGCAAUGGAGAUAACAGGUGUGUUGUUUUAUACUUUUAAAUGUAAGUUUUAGGUAUCAACUUGCUUAUAUCUAACAGUACUAUGUACAAAAAACAAUACUUAAUGCAAUUUCUUAUUGGUCAUGUACACACUUUAUAGUUUUAGGAGUGAUAGCUGUAUUUAAAUAUACAGAUGUGAAUUGCUUACUGCUUUUUUAACGUUUUGACACGCAACUAACUCUCAAAAUUGCAUGAUUGACCCAUAGAAACCACAGCACUUUUGAUAUUAAUGUCUCGCAUGGCAUUUUUGACUGAAGUUCUCUUACAGUGAUUAACUGAAUGUAGUUAAUGCCAUUGAUGAAGUAAGCAUUUUAUUGUGGUAUUAUUAUUUUGGUAUGUGACUUAUUCCAAGAAAACCAAUUUGGAUUUAUUCCUUAAGAGCUUUUUAUUAUUUGCUUUUUUUCUAGCAAUAUUUGGCAACCUGAAUGAGUCAAAACCUGUUGACAAAUGAUUUUUACUACUAUUAUUAUUUUCCAUCACACAUCUAAGAUAGAGACAACUCUGAUAUACAUCUAAAUACAUCACUACUGACUCAACACAAAAACAGUUGUGUACAUUGUGUAGAACUUUUGUUAGUGUUUUAUUACAUACAGUAUUAAAAAAAAGAGUUAUGUCUGUUACUUGAAUGUGGGAUAGAAGAAGGUGCUUGACUGAUUUGUGUAGCCAGAUCUUUACGGUUUAAACAAUAACACACAAUUACAAGCUAUAAUAAAUAAUACCUCAGUUUUUUUCCCUCUUCGUUUAUAUUUGUCUAUUUAUUUUCUACCAAUCCUUGUAAACUGCAGUGUUUUUGUGUGUGUCAAAAUAAUGAUAGUAAAGAUCUUUUGUAACUUAAAUCCAACACGUUAAAAUGCAAACCAAAUUGCUUGAUGAACUUUAUAUGCAAGCCCAAAUAAGCAUCAAAUGUGCAAAAUAAGCAGUGCUUAUAAUAAGUGUACUUGGCAACAUUUUGAGUGAGCUCUCAGAAGAAGCCUUAGAAACAUAGACAAACAACAGUGGUUUUUCCAACUGUGGUUUUGUUAAAACCAUCGAACUUUGUCACUGUAAUACUAUUUUAGUCAAAACGUUAUUGUUACUUGAUGUCAGUGCAUCCGGAAAGUAUUCAUAGCGCUUCACUUUUUCCACAUUUUUUAUGUUACAGCCUUAUUCCAAAAUGGAUUAAAUUAAUUUAUUUCCUCAUAAUUCUACACACAAUACCCCAUAAUGACAAUGUGAAAAAAAGAUUUUUUUUUAAUUGUUGCAAAUUUAUUAAAAAUAAAAAACCUGAAAAAUCACAUGUACGGAAGUAUUCACUACCUUUGCCGUGAAGCUCUAAAUUGAGUUCAGGUAGAUUCUGUUUCCACUGAUCAUUCUUGAGAUGUUUCAGCAGCUUAAUUGGAGUUCACCUGUGGUAAAUUCAGUUGAUUGGACAUGAUUUGAAAAGGCAUACACCUGUCUAUAUUAGGUCCCAGGGUUGACGGUGCAUGUCAAAGCACAAACCAAGCAUGACGACAAAGGAAUUGUCUGUAGACCUCAGAGACAGGAAUGGGGAAGGUUACAAAAAAUGUCUGCCUCUCUGAAAGUUCCAAUGAGCACAGUGGCCUCCAUCAUCCAUAAGUGGAAGAUGUUUGGAACCACCAGGACUCUCCCUAGAGCUGGACGGCCAUCUAAGCUGAGAGAUCGGGGGAGAAAGGCCUUAAAUAGGGAGGUGAUCAACAACCCGAUGGUCACUCUGUCUGACCUCCAGCAUUGUAUUGUGGAGAAAGGAGAACCUUACAGAAGGAUAACCAUCUGUGCAGCAAUCCACAAUUAGGCCUGUAUGGUAGAGUGGUCAGACGGAAGCCACUCCCUGCCUGGAAUUUGCCAAAAGGCAUCUGAAGGACUCUCAGACCAUAAGAAACAAAAUUCUCUGGUCUUAUGAGGCUAAAAUUGAACUCUUUUGAGUGAUUGCCAGGCAUUACGUUUGGAGAAAACCAGGCACCACUCAUCACCAGGCUAAUACCAUCCACAGUGAAGCAUGGUGGUGGCAGCAUCAUGCUGUAGGGAUGUUUUUUUUUUUUGCAGCAGCAGCAGGAACUGAAAGACUAGUCAGGAUAGAGGGAAAGAUAAUUGCAGCAAUGUACAGAGACAUCCUAAAUGAAAACCUACUUCAGAGUGCUCUUGACCUCACACUUCAUCUUCCAGCAGCACAAUGACCCAAAGCACACCGCCAAAAUAUCAGUGGAGUAGCUUCACAACAACUCUGUGAAUGUCCUUGAGUGGCCCAGCCAGAGCCCAGACCUAAAUCCUAUAGAACAUCUCUGGAAAGAUCUGAAAAAUGCUGUACACUGUCGCUUCUCAUCCAACUUGAUAGAGCUUGAGAGGUACUGCAAAGAGGAAUGGGCAAAAAAUUCCAAAGACACUUAUGCCAAGCUUGUGGCAUCAUAUUUAAAAAGACUUGAGGCUGUAAUUGCUGCCAAAGGUGCAUCAACAAAGUAUUGAGCAUAGACUGUGAAUACUUCUGUACAUGUGAUUUUUUUCAGGUUUUUUAUUUUUAAUACAUUUGCAACAAUUUAAAAAAAAUCUUUUUUCACAUUGUCAUUAUGGGGUAUUGUGUGUAGAAUUUUGAGGAAAUUCAUUUUGGAAUAAGGCUAUAACAAAAAAUGUGGAAAAAGUAAAGAGCUAUGAAUACUUUCCGCAUGCACUGUAGAUAUCAAUCAUUACAAUUUUGAAAGUGAGUUGUGUUUGGAACACACACAAAAGUACAAUUUAAGGAAUUCACUCUUAACUCUCACUCCUAAAACUAGUGUGCAUGCGGCAAAUGGGCCAUGGGGAACAUACUUUAACAGGUACUUAAACUGUUUUCAGAUGGGUGAAUAUUACUUCAAGCCAAUCAAAGUAAUUUUUAAGCAAUAAGUUUAUAGCACAUGUAGGGCAACAUCUUUGUUAGUUCUUAUCUCUGUGAUGUUUCUGUUAAGUUUGAAGUGGUCAGUUACAACGGGCGUCUGUGGGACUUCAGCAGGUUUCUUGAAGAAGUGUAUGCUUUUCUCUUCAUCUGUAAACGGUAACACACUUCGCUUGUGCAGGAAUGAAUGCGGCCUCCAGUAAUCUCUGUAGAAAUAAUCAAACAUUGUUAAAAUCAGAGCAGUUUUGUUGCAAGGUGGUUCAUUAUUCUCAUUUAGGCACUCACAAAACACUUCCGUGAAGUUAACGUUUAUAUUGAUAGUCUGAAUGGUUCUCUUUCUUUUGUUUUUCCAAGUUGUGGUACAAUAUUUUAGCUGGAUUUAAUUAUUAAAAGAUUUCAAAUGAAAACACUAGGAUGAUUUCUAACCUGAAGUAGAAUUUGCUGUACUGAGAUGAGUAUCUUGGAAUGGCGUUUUUGUCCCAGCUCAGACUGUGGUUCUGAAAGGGUCCAGGAGUAAAUGGAAUAUUGGCCUCCUCCUCUGCUGAGCCAGUCGUUUCAGAAAGCUGGACCACAGAAAUAACGGGAAUGGGCUGAAGAAAAAAUAGGAUUAAGUGUUGAAUAGCAAGCUUAAACCAUUUUAAAGUGUACUGUUAGUCAAGAAAAUAUGCUGGGGAGACGUCAAGGCUUUUUUUCUUGUAUAAAUUACUCUAAAAAUGAGCCAGAUUAAAAUUUGAAAAUUAUAUUUGA